GAGAUUCUUAGGAAUUGUUAAAUAUCAUCGUCGCACGAGAUAUCAAAGCCAAGAUGGCUCUUGGCUUAUUCUUGAUAGAGAUCAUAUUCGCGUUCCUGCUUGCUGGAACUCUGCUCUUCAAGUAUGGAAACGUCUUUCGGCAUCACAUUGCGGUCACUAUCUCUGUGUUAAUAGCUUGGUACUUUUCCCUACUAAUAAUCUUCAUACUACCGCUGGACGUUUCUUCGACUGUAUUCAGACAAUGUGUAGAGCAGAAUAUACACAACAGCACCAAGGAUAUCAAUGAUACAACCUCUGUACCAUUUACCACGUGCAAAGAGCCCAGGCCUUAUGUACCAGAUAAUGUAUUUCCAAAUCUGUGGAGGAUAGUUUAUUGGACGUCGCAAUGCCUGACGUGGUUGAUACUUCCAUUGAUGCAGUCUUAUAUAAAAGCAGGAGAUUUCACCGUACGCGGAAAGUUAAAGUCUGCUUUAAUAGAUAAUGCUAUAUAUUAUGGCAGUUACUUGUUUAUAUGCGGCAUACUCUUGAUAUACAUUGCGCUGAAGCCUGGCUUAGAUCUCGAUGGGCAAAAAUUGAAAGCCAUAGCAUCAUCUGCGUCCAAUACAUGGGGUUUAUUUUUAUUAGUUUUAUUACUCGGUUAUGCUCUUGUAGAGGUACCACGAGGAUUAUGGAAUUCCAGCAAGCCUGGCUAUACUUUAAAUUAUAGCUAUUUCAAGGUGGCAAAGUUAAGUCUAGACAAGUGCGAAGCGGAAGAGACAGUAGAUGACAUACUUGAGUCGCUACAAAUUGCAACAAUAUCCAUCGGGCCCGGUCAUCCGUUCCAUUAUAAUUUGGAAACGAUCUUUCAAAAGAUACCCGCCGAAUUGAAGGAUAGAAUGAACAGAAGACAAUUACCCGAUGACACGCCAACGGAUACACCUACUGAAAAAUCUCUAAUUCGUCUACAUAGACAAACUAUAAAAGCAUUGCAGACUUUGCAGCGCAUAGAAACUCAAUGGGGCAUUUUAGUGGAUAAGAUAUUUGAUCUGGAAGACGUAGCAAAGAAUCAAAUAAGUCAUGAUAAAAGAUUUAAACAGUCUUUUCCUGUGCAUCGUCCGCUUCCAUUUCGUAUUAUUUACAAUCCUGUUGUCGAAUGGUACUGGAAAUGUAUCGUGAAGAAUUAUGUUUUAAAAGUAGCUGCUAUUUGCGCCGGCUGCUUAUCAGUGGCUGUGGUAUGGUCAGAAGUAACGUUCUUCAACAAGUCUCCUGUCUUGUCUUUAUUCGCUCAAUUUCUGAAUUUAGCAAAAAGAAAUUAUGAUUAUUGUACAAUAGAGAUACUGUCCACAUUGAUCAUCGCAUACCUUUGCUAUUGCGCUUAUUCAACCGUCUUGAAGAUACGAGUAUUAAAUCUCUAUUAUUUGGCACCUCAUCAUCAAACGAACGAGUAUAGUCUGAUAUUCAGCGGUAUGAUGCUGUGUCGCUUAACUCCGCCCAUGUGUCUCAAUUUCCUAGGACUUAUUCAUAUGGAUUCCCACAUCAUCAAAACUCAUAUCCUGGAAACACAUUAUACACAAGUUAUGGGUCACAUGGAUGUUAUUUCCAUAAUAUCCGAUGGAUUUAAUGUGUACUUUCCUAUGGCAAUUCUGGCGUUCUGUUUAGCGACAUACUUUAGCAUAGGUAGUAGAUUGCUUUCCAUACUAGGCUUUCAGCAAUUUCUCGACGAUGAUGAAUUCACGACGGAUCUGGUGGACGAAGGAAGAGAACUUAUAAAAAGAGAGAGACGUAAACGGCAAAGAGCAGAAGAUUCUAUGUAUAGACGACGUGAAUUACAAGAGAGAUUCAAUAUUUCGGUGGGUACAGGAUCGCGUUACAGAUCGUCUCGACAAAGCACAGACACCGUACGACCAUUAAAAAGGGACGAAUCGGUCGAAUCCGCGAGGGCGGGUUUGUUACAUGAUUUUGAUCCCACGGAGUAUUACAUCGGUAUGACGUUCGGUGGAGAUAGUUACGGUGCAAAUCGAUGUGACAUGGAAAACCAAGGCGAUAUCGAGUCGUUCGAUCCGAGUAACGCGAGGGCAUUCUCUACUAGUACAAGUCGCGUAGGUCCUCCACCCAGAGGACUGUUCGAUGAUAUUUAAGAGGUAACGUUUUUGCAAAUACGGUUUAUUAUAGGUGCUAUUAUAGAACCCGUCAAUUGGCUUUUAAGCGAUUUACACGAUAUUUAUAUUGAGCGACAUAACGGCUCAUUGAUACGAAACAGUGCAGUGAAUCUUAUUAAACAUGUAAUGUAAGGCUUUACAUGCCUGUAGCGUUUUAAAUCUAAAUACUAGGUAGGAGCACGAACUAAAGAUGUACAAUAUCAUUAUGAGAUAUAAUUAAAUAUACGAAGAAACUAGACUAAGAAUGAAAAUCGCACAGAUCUUGUUUCAAACAGAAACUCAUUUUAAUAAUUGUGACGCAAUUAUGACGGAAAGAAUCGGUAAUGGUGCAAUGGAUGUUCAACUUAGUAUUAAUAUGUAUAUUAAUAUGUUCAUCAGGACAAAUAUAUUUUUAUCUCUUAUUAUUCUUUUAAGUUUUGUAUAGUUUGAUUUACGUUGAAGCUAACAAAUAAUUUAUAUACGAUUUUUUUUAAUCAUAUGUACCUGAAACAAUUAUACAAUAGUAUCUAAUUUUUUCUAUAAUCUAAAUAUCUUUUCAAUACUUCAAUAUCUGUUUGUUUCAUGUAAUAAUCAAUUUUGAUAAUUUUAAUUUAUCCUAGUAUUAUGAUAAAAAAAUCCUUUGCAUAUGUUCAUAAAAAUUUAUAAAUUGUAUUCUAGUCAUUUUAAUUCUAUUUGUAUUGAGAAUAAUUUGUAAAGCUUUUGGGAUUGAGAAUGGAUAGAAAUGAUAUAAAAAGAUCGACUGGAUAACUCACAGGAAAAUUUAAUAAGAAUAAGUCAGUAUAUAACAAUAAUAAUAAAACAUAUUAAUCUCAAAUGUAAAUAUGCGCGAAUAAUUAAAAAAUUGAAAUAUCGGAAUUAUAUGUUAUGAGGCAUUUUUAAAUAAAUAUAAUAAUGAAACUUCUAGUGUUAGUUAGAAGUUUUGUCAAGCAAAAAUUAUUUUGUCAGCUCAUUUGUUUUAUUACAAGACUCAUUAUAUUUUCCACAUGCUUUUUACGAAUCAAAUUUAUGCACUUACAAUUUAAGAUAUAUCCGUGAAAUUUAUCUGAAACAUUUUGUGCGAACUCUAGUAGCUUUAUGUUUCUUGACAAAAACGUACUAAAGCAUAUCAAUUUUUAUUCAUUUAAAAUAUAUCGACGAGCAUUUAUAUAAAUAGGAUGCCACUCUAAAAUCAAUUUCUGCAUUUCUAGUAUCAUGAAAAAUUAAUAAUAGGAACUAUUCAAUAUUUAAUAUAUUAAUAGAUAACUACACAUAAAGGGGCUAAAUCUUUAGAGAUUAUAGAGUUCGAGCACGUGUCUCGAAUAACAUUUUUUUAAAAUAAACUUUAAUGAAGCUGUUUGAAACGACUACCGCUCUCUAGAAUUUAAAGGCAUAUAUAAAAUAGAUCUAUGAAUUAUACGAGCUUGUUAAAAUUGUACAUCUGUUACGCGUGUAAUUUGUUAGAGGUAAGAACAAUUUGCUCAUAGUGAUGCAGAUUUAACGAUUAAAGGUAGUUAACAAUUUAUACUACAGAACAAUUUCUUGUUAUAAAUCGGCGAGUUAUCCCCACUCUAACAUCAGAAAUAAAAUAUAUACAUAUGUAGCGAUAAAAUAUAAAUUAUCAUAUACGUGAUUUUUUGAUCAUUCCGUUAAAUAUUUAGCGACAACACUUCGUAACAAAUGUAACGUAAAAUUAAUGACAAUAAAUAUAUCACGUAAAAUCCA